AUCUUUCUAUCUAUAUGUUAUUGGUACAACAUUCAUUGAUUAAAAACAUGAAUUCUGAUAUUUUCCCUCCUCUGGAAAAAGACUAACGUGUAUUAGUCGCCCCCUGGUGUUUACACCCAUGAUUCAUAAAGCUCUAUGGGCAUGCUUCAUCAGAAGCGAUGUCACUUAAUUGUCAGUGAGAACAGUGAAUAAAGCAUGAUAUUGAUAAAGAUUGAUCUCUUUUGGAUUACUCCCUGCUUUGCCAAGGACGAAACCAUUCUUAAAGAUUGUUUCAUUCCCAUAAGGUCCAGGCACAGGGUCCAGGUCACGACCCGGGUCAACCCUACCCUGGUUAGAACCCGUUCGUGUUAAGACUCGCACCGAAUGGAAAAAACUGUCAUUUACAACGACAAUAUUUACGGGAUAUUUAUUUUAAAACGCAAAACAAACGCCACCACUUGGUUGCUUGCAACUUUUUUCGAUCGACCGUCCCCCCUGCAUUAUGUCAGUGGUACGGUCCGUUGCCUAGGCGCUAGUAGAAGCCAAUUCCCUUCGCCACGCCUGUCCUCCUCCGCUUGGCUUUUUGACCCCGUUUACCUUUUGAAAGGGGAACCCGAGGACAAGAGACGUUGUCAUGGAUGAAUUGCGGCCACAAUGGAAGUGAUGAAGUUUGACGAGUUGCUGUUCUUUUCUGGAUCUUUGCAAAGUGCCUUGUGUUCUGCGGGACACCAUAUGUACAGGCUGAAGAGUUGUUUGGGAUUAGAAGUUUCACUAUUGAGGAACACGUUCGUCAUUCACAGAUGCUGCUUCAUCAAAGUUGAUGUCUGACCAUGGAUCACGAAGAGGUGAGGACAGAGCUGGACCAGAUUUCUAUGCGGCUUCAGGAGGAUGGCUUGCCUCCAGGGGCCAGUGCGGAGCAGCAGCAGCGCCACCUGUGGCGGCAGCUGCUUGCUCGGGAGGCAAAGCUUCAGUCAGCCACUCAAGAGCUGCAGACCCUCCGGACCCAGCAAGCCAGUGAAAUGAAGGAGGUGGAGAACUAUGUUGCCCAUAUUCGAGGUCUGCUGGAAGAGCGGGAGUGUCGAACUUCAGACUAUGAGAGAGACAAUGAACACUUGCGACAACAGCUCCACCAGAUCGGCCAACAUCAAGAGAGUCAGAGCAAGGAGCUGGCGGAGAUGUUGGCUCAGGAGGACCUCGGGGAGAUGGGCUUGAGCAGCCCGAGUGAGCAGGUGGCUUACUUGCUGGUGGAGAGGGCCACACUUCUGGAGAGGCUGGAGGCUGCUGAGAGGAGACUGGAAAGUCAGAGCCUCACUGUCAACUUUAGGGAAGUCCACCACCAGGAGCGGAGUCACCACACGAUGGGGGAAGAGCUCAGGCAGCAGACGGAGGAUAUGCAGAAAACUACGGAUCACCUGAAGAAGCAGUGUUCAUCCCAGAGUCCAUGGAAGAAGCUCUUUGGGCUGCGCAGGUCUGGUCAGAGCAAACACAAUAUCACCCCUGCCUACGAUGUGCAGAUUUCCCUGGAGCGAAAUGAGCGCCAGCAGCUUGAGCGGGACCUUGAAGAAGCCUCUAGGAGGCUGGCGAUGGCUCAUCAGGAUAUUCGCAGACUUACCAACGAGCUGGAUGCUGCCAAAAACAACAACCUAGACCAAAGUGGAUCUGAGCUUCAAGAAACGGUCCAAGAAGUAGAGAACCUAAGGAAGGAAGUGGACAAACUGAAACUCUGUGAUAUGAUGAAGCUGCAGCGAGCCAAAGAGCAAAAUGAAACACUCGACGUUGAGAACACCGCUCUGAGGGAGAGAGUCUGCACUUUAGAGUCCGAAAAGAAAAAAAUCCUGGACCAGUUGGCAAUAAAUGACCAAGAUGUUGUGACCAAAGAGGAUCAAAAGGACAAAUCCAUUAGCAGCGAACAACAAAACAAUCUGUCUGGCUCUUCAACCCAAGACAAGGAUUACAUUCACAAAAGGUGUCAGGAGGCGGCAGAAGACAGCCUUAUACAGAUGAGGGAGCUGCAACGGCAACUCCAGAGGCUACGCAAGGAACAGGAAGAGCUGGAGGAGAGGAAUGAGGAGCUGGAGGCUGUGCUAGGGGAGACCCAGAAUGCCAGCAAGUCGGAGAGGCAUCGCCACGAUGGAGAACUCGAGGGACUACACAGGAGGAUCAGAGGCCUGGAGGCAGAGUUGAAGAAGCAGGAGGUCCAUGAAAAAAUGUUGAAGAGUGGAGAGGAGGUCAAAACUACAGAGUCCUUCUUACAAUUGCCCCUUAGGGACAGCAGCCAGGAGAGACUGGCUCUUCUCGAGGCUCGUCUGACUGAGGAGAAAGACUGGAGGAAACAGCUGGAGGUCGACCUCAACGCUGCCCAGGCCGCCCUCAAAAAAGACAAGGAGGCUUUGCAGAUAGGUGAGCGAGAGAUGAAGAAGCUGAGGCUUGAGGUCAACAGCCUUCAGACCGAAUGCCAACAAGGGAAAACACUCAUCAAGAGCCUGACCCAAGUCAAGGGGGAGAAAGUAGUUCUGGAGGAAAAGGUGGCCAAGAUGGAGCGCGCCCGCAGCCGGCUCGAGAACGAGUUGGAACGCUCCAAGAACAGUAGUGAAACCCAGCAGAACCAGCUUCAGCUUGACCAGCUGCAGGAGCAGGCGGACCGACGAACUGCUGAGCUCAGCAGCCUCCAGACGACACACAAUGCCUUGAGGGAGGAGAUGGUUUCUGAGCGGCUGCACACGGCCGAGCUCCAGACCAAGCUGAGCUCUAGUGUCCAGGAGAAGCUGACCACUGAGGGGCAAAGAGAGAGGCUGGAGCUUGAGAUGCAGCGCCUCAAAGAGCAGCUCAAGUGGCAUCAAGAGCAACUCUCCUUAACAACGGAAACGCUUCCGGGCAGCCAGACACCUGAACAGCAAGUGUGCUGUUCAGCAGCCCAUCUCGAAUCUAGGCUGAGUCCAGUGAAGAGGAUACAGGGGGAGUGUCAGGAGCUAAAUGAUCUGCAGACCAAGCUGGGGCAGGAGCGGCAGCUGGCCUCUCAGCACCAACUGUCCCUGCAAGCUCAGGUCAAGGAAGCCCAGGCUCGCAUCAUGUCCCAGUACUCGGUGCUGAUCCAGAAGGCAGAGGAGGCUAAACAGAUGAAGCAGGACCUGCAGAGGGCCCAGAGCCUGUUCACCUCAGCAGAGCGAGAGCUGCGCUACGAGAAGGAGAAGAACAUCGACCUGAAGAAACACAACACCCUGCUGGAACAGGAGAAACUCAAACUGAGUGCAGAGCUGAAGCAGGUCCAGACCAAGCUGCUCCAGGUGGAGCAGAGCGUCCACACGCAGGCUGCUGAGUGUGAGCGUCAGCAGCAGAAGAUCAAGGAACUGGAGUUGGAGCUGGCACGCAGCUCUGCGAACCGCAGCACCACGACCAGUCUGCAGGAGGACCUGCAGGCCGAGAGGGCGCGGCUCAUUGCUGUUGACAAGAAGGUGUUGGAUCUGCAGCUGCAGCUUAAGAGUGCCCAGCACCAGCUGCGCGUGGAGGAAGCCCGGGCCGGAGAAAGCAGCCGCCUGGAGAGGGACAGCAGGGAUCUGUCUGACACCGUGUCGGCUCUGAGAGCCCAGCAGCAGGAGGAGCACAUCACCAGGAAGCUGUUAGAGCAGCGUGAGGAGGAGCUGCAGCAGCAGGUGCGCUCCCUGAGGCUGAAGGAGGCCUCCAUGUCGAGGACGAAUGCAGAGCUCAGCCACCAUGCCCAGCAGCUGGACACCCGCCUGGCCAUCCUGGAGGCUGAGCUUGGCAAGGCCAGAGAGGAGGCAAGAGACAGCCAGAAGGCAAACCACAGGCUGCAGGAGGACUUGGUGGCCAGUCAGCUGGAGUGUGACCGACAGCAGGGAGAGCUGCAGCAAGUUCUCCUUCAACUGGACACACACAUCAGAAAGUACAAUGAGAAGAAGAGUCAGUACAAGACCAAGCUGCGUUAUGCCAAGCAGGUGUAUCUCAAGGAGACUGCCCAGAGGGAUCGCAUCAUCCAGAAGCUGGAGAACGACCUGGUGAUGGCCUUCAGCCUCUCGCACAAGGAGAAGGACAGGAUCCAUACGGUGACGGAGGAAAACGAGAAGCUUUUGGAGGAGAAAAGGGAACUGUUGCGGAAGAUGAGCGACGCAGAGGAAAUGGGCAGCAAAGGCAUGAGGACCGCCGCCACCGUCCAGCACAGGGUCAAAGUCUUAGAAAUGGAAAACAGACAACUUCAGGAUCGAACCCUGAAGCUCUCCAACCAAGUCAGUUCCUUAGAGCGUGCCCUGAGGAACGUCCAAUCAUUCUACAGCCUGGAGGCUGCCAAGAAAGUGCUCCCCUCUGAAAGGCUCUGCGAUGGCUUCCUGCAUACGUCCACGCUGAGUCUGCCGCCAGGUUCGUGUGACCCCCUCGACGUCCUUGACGCUAUCUGCCGCGCGAAGGUGUCCGAGCGCGCGGUGGUGGACGGCUCUCAAGCGCCUGUCUCCACACAGCAAGCAUCCGAGCAGGGCUACCUGAAUCUCACCUCGCCUUUAGUCCUUCCAGACCCCGCAGGCACAAAGUGACCAGGUGUGAGCGCCGCUGGGUUUCGGCCACCCUCUUGCCCGUGUUUCCAACAGCGGAGAUAUGUGCUCGAAGUCGACGUCUGGUGUUGUACUGAAGCAUCCGCCACUUCCACCGGGGACGAAAGAAGAAAAGAGGAGCAAAAAUAUCUUCAAUAAAAAAGAAUCCUUGUUAUAAGGCAGUAAUAAUGAAAUGGGAGCUUCCGCUGCAGUUCUGCUCAGGGUGAAAUCUCUUUUGUAUUCCAAGGCUGAUUGUUGUUCGGCUUGCCAGCACUGUUUUUUUAAAUCCAGAUUCAGAAUUAACAUUAAUUUAAAUUAUCUUUAAAGCCUGUGCAAGUGUCAAAUUUAAUGACGGAUGUAAAAGAAAAAACGAAAGUGAUGGGAGAUUGGAUUUUGAAGAUAAACUCGUGGCUCAUCCUCUUAUGUAUGCACCUGUGUGCAGAGGACUGGGAGGUUGGUCAGAAAACCAAAGCCAAUCAGAAUGCUAGAAAGAUUAUCAUAUUUUAAUAAUUUAAUGAUACAAGAUUUGAGUGAGACUCGUUUGAACUGAGCACUUUAUUUGACGUAUUACUUGCUUUUACAUUUUGGGGAAAUUGUAGCAGUUGAAUGUAACAGUAUGUCAAUAGUACAUAUUGUUUUCAGUUACAUUUUUAUCCUGGCAGUGUUUUCAAUGAAAAAAUGCCAACAGUGUUUUAUGUCUGUGGUUUUUAUUGUGUCAAAAAUAUUCACACAUUUUGACUUGAGUAUAUGACGUUGAUAUUGUGGCGCCACUUGCCUAUUGCAUGUGACGUGUAGCCACUCCAGUAUUUAUAAUUUGCCUCUUCGCUUGGAGUUUAAAAACAGCCAAAAUAUCAGAAAAGGCCUCGGAUUUUUUGGGUCUAUUUUUAAAUUCACAAACGCUUUAAAAAUAAAAGUUUUGAUAAUAGGUCAACCUCAAUAGUUUCCUCCAGCGACGCUCAUUCAGAAAGUACCUGUACACUUUUAGGAAGAGAUGUGUGCGACAUGGGAAUUAAAUACAGAUGAACUAUUACCGAUCUGCGUAAAUAAUAGUAUUGUACAGUGUGGAAUGCAUUUUCUAUUUGAUCUACAAUGUGCCUGGAACAAUGAAGUGUUUCCCUUCAUCCGUCUGCUGUGAGAACACGUCAAAUAUCAAACGCCUGUCUGCAACAGACAUGUAAACCGAGCUCGAACAGACAAAAAACUUUGACUUGUGCUGCAUCCAUGUGAAUACAUUUUUAAACAAACAUAUUUUUAUAAAUAAAAGUGAAUGAAUGACA